GUCCUUCCGCUGCUGGCGGAGGGAUCUGCGGCGGCAUUGCAGGGGGAGGGGGAGUACGCCCGGGCGCUGCCCUAUUUCCUCGGCUUCUCCCGGCUGUCGGAGCUCAGAUUAUCUCCGGCCGUGACGGAGCCGCCAUCACCCGAGCGCCGCCUCACCCACAUCCCCACCCCGGGCUCCCGCAGCUCCGCGUUGUUGUUGUCGUGGUACCGUUAGCUCUCGGUCGCCCCCCCCUCCCCUCACUGAAGAUGUCCGGCUGGCAGGAUUACGUGGAUAUGCUGAUGGCCGAUGGCAGCUGCCAAGAGGCCGCCAUUGUCGGUUACGUGGACGCCAAAUACGUCUGGGCGACGACCCCCGGGGGCUUCUUCCAGACCCUGACGCCUGCAGAAAUAGACGUGCUGAUAGGAAAAGACAGAGAAGGAUUUUUUACCAAUGGCUUAACUGUGGGCGGAAAGAAAUGCUCUGUGAUCAGAGACAGCUUGUAUAUCGAUAAUGACUUCACAAUGGACAUCAGGACAAAGAGUCAAGGUGGCGAACCAACAUACAACAUUGCUGUAGGAAGAGCUGUAAGAGUCUUGGUCUUUGCAAUGGGAAAGGAAGGAGUCCAUGGAGGUGGUUUGAAUAAAAAGGCGUUCGCAAUGGCAAAAUACUUAAGAGAUAUGGGAUUUUAGUUGUUAAACUGACUUACAUUCUAGAGGGGGAGGGGUGGGACGGGACAACAACAACAAAAAAAAAGAAAAACCUAAAAAAAAAAUUGCUACUAAACUUUCCUGUCAGAACAAAAUAAAAAUGUAACUGGAAACUUUAUUAGCAAUACCCGGGGUGAUGGGGGAUGAAGCUGUGUCUCCUUUGUAUCCCUGUUUUGGUGGGGAAAGUUGUAGGUUUUUUGUUUAAUUUUUCUGUGUAUUCCAGCAAUGUUUUUUUUUUUUUUUUUUUGUCAUGGAAGAUGGUAUCCACAUAUGGAUGGCCCAACAAAAUGUUCUGUCCAAUAAGUAUACCCACACAGGCUUCACUGCUGAGCAGCAUCUCCCUUCGUGCUUUGCCACUUAGUUUGUAAAGCUACCAGACUGUAGAUGGUGGUUACGAUUUGUUGAAUAAUAUAGAAUGUCCUCCCAUUUUAUUGCUAAUUAAACCGGUCUCUAGACACCCAGCACCAGAAUGGAAAAUGAUCACUUUCUGCAAGUGAUAAAUGGUUAGACUGGCAAUGUAUUUCUACAUUCCAGACCCUUUUCGAUGAUGGGGUAUCUCUCCAUAAUAAUGUUAUCAUUUUAUGGCAUUGUUCUCUGAAAGUAGUGAAACAAAAUGUCCCAUUUUCCGCAUAUCUCCCUCUGAAGCCAUUUGUCUCCUUCCUCUCCUGCUAUAGGGAGUACUUUGGCUAAAUCUAGAGCACAUUGCUUUAGGAGAUGUGGUACUUGUAUUUUAAGCCCCAUGUUACAAUAGGGUCAUUUUGCCGUGCUCUAUUUGUGACAUGUGCACCCUUUUAAACCUUGCAUAAUGUCUGGACUUAGUGUAGUAAGUGGAAGUCUAGGAACUGUCAGCAAGGCUGCAGUGAGAAAUGGAUCAAAAUGGGACGGCUUACUGCUGGAAAAUAACUAGUACACAGAUACAACCACUGAAUUGAUGUCUUCUUGGGUGCUUUGAGUAAAUACACAGCUCAUUUUAGUCUUCCUUUGCUCAAACACAAGUAGAAAAGCCUGGCAAGUGAUGUUUAAUACCCAAUCCCAUGUUCGCUAUCUCUGGUUUAACUUUGUCUGUCUGAUUUAUCAAUCCCUCCUGUAAUUGCAGACCGCAACCCACCAAAGUCUCUGUUUGUGUGGUGUCUGUCUGCAUUUUCAGUGCAAUAACAAAUAGUAUUUUACUUUUCCUGAUUAAAUUAUAUGCCAAAUGAUUUUUAAUUGUGACAAGUUAAAGCCAUUUGAAGAAUUAUUCUGUUAAAGGUGCAGAUGAUGAAUCCCUUUCACAACUCUAAGACUUGCGUGUUAAUUCCAGCAAUGCAGCACGGCUGCUUUGACAAAUAUCGGGGUAAAAAGUGAGUACAGGUGCAGGAAUCAGCAGCUGGGCUAGAGUCCGUAUGUUCUGGUCGAUGACGCCGCUUGUGAGCGGUUUCUACCGAUGCUGUAAUCAAUGUGGAGAAUGUGCAUGUAAUCUAUGAAUUCACAUUUUAGUUAUGGAAUUAAUUAUAUUGAAACCGUAUGUUAAAUUAUGCUUAUUGAAAAUUCUGAUAAAGAAACUGACCUUUUAUUCUUUUUAUAUGCUUAGCCAUAUUCGUACAAUUUUAGCAAUGUAACUAUUCUGUUGCAAUAUUGUGAACAAUUUAACGCAGACCAGUGAUACCUCUCCACUCUGCAGCAGUGGUUUCAAUAGGCGUCCACCUGGUUCCCCUCCUAAUAAAGGGCAUCAAAACACGAUUUUAUUGUUACAAAAGCUGUAAGCCACAGGUUCAAAAACAUGAAACGUUGGGGUAACUGUCGACAUUUAGAGUAAACCAGAUACAUGACACUAAAGAACCUCCUUUAUUUUUGAAGGAGUCUAUGAAUUUGACCAUCUUUUUCCUAAUCUCUAGGUAGUAAUAGCUUGCUCCGAAUAUGGGAAACUGUGAUGGUUAACAAUCUACUGUUCAGCCCAUGUUUGGGUCACUGCUAAAAUAAUCAAACACAGACUAGGACUGAUGGGUCAUGGAAGUGGUAUCAAGAGAGUGGGCAGAUUUUCCCAUGGAGAUAAAAGAAUUGUGGCAAGGUUAUUUGCUCAUAGGACCAACUGCAGCUUUAAAUGCCCCAAGCAUUUAGUUUGUGUGUAUGUAUAGGGGUUAUUUUUAUUUGUUUUAUUAUUUUCUGCUUCUCCUCUAUUGAUUUUCUGUAACUACCACCUUCAGUCUAAUUCGAUCUAUUUGUAUGGGCAGUUUUGCAAAUCACAUUACUGCUGCAAUUCCUAGUGCUCUAAAGGGGUGUUGUUAGUAUUCUAUUCUGCUGCUGCAAGACAUUAACACACAUUAAUGAAAUCGCAUUUCAGUUGUCGGACCUUCGCUGCAGAGAGGGAUCAGUACAUUUCUGGUAUUAUUUGAAAUGUGUAUAACCUGAAUGUCAGUUAAAAUACGUUACUCACUGUCUAUUUUAAUAAAAGAAAAUAAUGAAUUAUGUGUUCUGAAGAAUUUUAAAAAAGGGGGGGGGGGAAGGGGGGGAGGCUUUCUAAUAAAUAUGGCUGUAUUGUGAUAGUUUAUGUAUUCUGUGCCAUACAAACAAGUGAGGUGGGUUUUAACUGACAUAAGGGUAGUUUCUUUGAAAUGGCACUUCUGAAGAAAAAAAAUAAUAAUUAGUAUUUGCUUCUGUUUUUUGGUCUUGUGAAUCAUGUACAAAUGUAAACAUUCUUGUUAAUUUGUCCAUUUCUUUCCCUGCACUUUUGUUACAUCUGGGAUACAGUCUAACUCAUCUGAUUUAAUAUGCAUUUUAAAAAAUGCCAUAAACUAUUAAAACACCUUGUUUACAGACAGAUGAAAUUAAAUUUAUUCCAACCAAAA